GUCGCGCAGGACUUUGAGCGCGCAGUUGUGCACGAGGUCCCAGGCCGGUGCUUCCACGCGCGUGUGCAAGCCGAGAUGUCGCACCCGUCACCACAAGCAAAGCCCUCCAACCCUAGUAAUCCCCGAGUUUUCUUCGAUGUGGACAUCGGCGGGGAGCGAGUUGGUCGAAUUGUUUUAGAAUUGUUUGCAGAUAUUGUACCCAAAACUGCAGAAAAUUUUCGGGCAUUAUGUACAGGAGAAAAGGGCAUUGGAUCCACGACGGGCAAGCCUCUUCAUUUCAAAGGAUGUCCUUUCCAUCGAAUUAUUAAGAAGUUUAUGAUUCAGGGUGGAGAUUUCUCAAAUCAGAAUGGAACAGGUGGAGAAAGUAUUUAUGGUGAAAAAUUUGAAGAUGAAAACUUUCAUUAUAAGCACGAUCGCGAGGGCUUGUUGAGCAUGGCAAACGCAGGCCGCAACACUAACGGCUCUCAGUUCUUCAUCACGACGGUUCCAACCCCUCAUCUGGAUGGGAAGCAUGUGGUGUUCGGGCAAGUAAUCAAAGGAAUAGGUGUGGCAAGGAUUCUGGAAAACGUCGAAGUCAGUGGUGAAAAGCCUGCCAAAUUGUGCGUCAUUGCGGACUGUGGAGAGCUGAAAGCAGGUGAUGACUGGGGAAUAUUCCCCAAGGAUGGCUCUGGUGACAGCUAUCCAGAUUUCCCUGAAGACGCGGAUGUGGAUCUGAAGGACGUAGAUAAAAUUGUAUUAAUAACUGAAGACUUAAAAAACAUUGGAAAUACUUUUUUCAAGUCUCAGAACUGGGAAAUGGCCAUUAACAAAUACACAAAGGUUUUAAGGUAUGUGGACAGUGCCAGGGCCGUUCUGCAGGAGGCCGACGGGCCCCGGCUGCAGCCCGUGGCCUUGAGCUGUGUGCUCAACAUCGGCGCGUGCAAGCUCAAGAUGUCGGACUGGCAGGGAGCCGUGGCCAGGUGUGUGGAGGCUCUUGAAAUAGACCCGUCAAAUACCAAAGCACUGUAUUGUCGCGCUCAAGGAUGGCAAGGAUUGAAAGAAUAUGAUCAAGCAUUGGCUGACCUUAAGAAAGCUCCAGAGAUAGCACCAGAAGAUAAAGCUAUCCAGGCAGAACUGCUGAAAGUCAAGCAGAAGAUCAAGGCACAGAAAGAUAAAGAGAAGGCAGUGUACGCAAAGAUGUUCGCCUAACGAGGAUUCGCUUUUGCCUGGUAUUAUGCACAGGUUGUUUGAGGCAGUAAAAAAAAGGGGAGUUAAGUCUCUAGCUUUCAGUUCCUCAUUGUUUACAGUUUAGAAAUACCGAGUUUCCCUCUUAAUAAAGUGUUACCAAAUGCCAAAA